AUGUUUUAAUUUUUGGUUUAUAGAUUUCCAUCUAUAAUUUAAAUAAAUGGAAAAGACAUCAGGAAUGAUGAUAUGCAAAAAGUAUAUCAUUAUUUUUAAUUUAGGCUAAAUCAUUGUUCUCUAAUUUUGAUAAAUCUUUGUAAAUUCCAGAAAAAUUGUAAAAUUUUGAAAAUAUACAAAAAUUAAAAAGUUUCUAAAAGGAUAGAUCCUAUAUUAAACAAUUUCAUAAAUGUUUGAAUGAUGUUUCAAAUGAAUAAAAAAUGUAUAUAACAAUUGAAAAACUGUAAUAUUAUUUAAUUAUUAAUAGUUUGAAAAUAUUAAUGAAGAUUACUUGA